UGUUAGAUCUCAUGCGACGUCAAGAAGAAUUGAGGCGUUUGGAAGAACUUCGAAAUCAAGAACUUCAAAAACGCAAGCAGAUACAAUUGAGACAUGAAGAAGAACACCGACGUCGUGAAGAAGAGAUGCUACGUCAGAGGGAACAGGAGGAAUUAAGACGACAGCAGGAGGGAGGAUUUAAGCCAAAUUUCAUGGACAAUAGAGAACAGGAAAUGAGAAUGGGUGAUAUGGGUCCUCGUGGAGCAAUAAACAUGGGAGAUGCGUUUAGCCCAGCACCUGCUGGUAACCAAGGCCCUCCUCCAAUGAUGGGUAUGAAUAUGAACAACAGAGGAACUUUACCUGGCCCUGCAAUGGGUCCUGGUCCUUCCAUGGGGCCAGAAGGAGCUGCAAAUAUGGGAACACCAAUGAUGCCAGAUAAUGGAACAGUGCAUAAUGAGAGAUUCCCUCAAGGAGGUCCAUCACAGAUGGGUUCACCUCUGGUUAGUAGAACGGGCUCUGAAACUCCUCAGCCGCCAAUGAGUGGUGUAGGUGCCGUGAGUGGUGGACCUGGUGGCUUUGGUAGAGGAAAUCCAGGGGGCAACUUUGAAGGACCUAACAAGCGUCGCAGAUACUAAAACUUAUUUCAUUCCUUACUGUUUAGAAAUUCCAGUAAAACUAUACAGUGAUAUGCCUUUAUAAUUUUAGCUGUAACCUGGAAACGGUUUUAUUGUUAUUGUAGUCUUUAAAACGGUUUCUUUUGUAAAACUUUUUUUGUAUUCAGUCAUAGGCUUUGUAGUAUAGAGCAGAAAUGAUGCAGAUCAUUAUGUAAGGCAAUGUGUUUGUGACUAGCAAAAUACAAUGUGACUAUGCUGUAAAACGUGCAGUUAUCUGAUUACAAUAAAAUAUAAAAAUCACUUGAAAGGA